GCCGUCCCUCGCCUCUGUAUACAGACUUAUAAUUCCAGGCAGGAACAGCGUCCGCCUCCCUCGCUCCUUUUCCAACCCACAGAGGUGUCCUCCCCAUAGGCACGGUCUUCUCAGGCCGAACGAUACCCGGCCAGCACAACGAUACCAACGACAGUCUGUUUGACAUCCUUUAGUGUACUCUCUUACUAUUCAGCAUGCGGCUGCUCAACGCAGCGCUCUCGCUGCUAGCCGCCGCGUCGCUCGCGCAUGCAUCGCCUUAUCGCGCCGACCUCGUCGACUACAACGUCAACACCAAUCAAAACGCACAGUCCCCGACAGAUUAUUCCACUCCCACACGGUCGAGCUACAACCCGUCACCCACUAACUGGCGCCAGAUUCCUUUCUACACCGUUCUGCUCGACAAAUUCGCGGAUGGCGAUCCCAGCAACAACGACUACCUCGGCACUGUCUACGAAUGGGACUGGCGGGAAACACAACUCCGUUUUGGAGGCGACUUGAAGGGUCUCGUCGCAAAAUUGGACUAUCUGCAGGGAAUGGGCAUAAAGGGAGUCUUUAUCUCCGGUACUCCUUGGAUCAACAUGCCGUGGCAAGCCGACAGUUACUCGCCCUUGGACUUCACGGUUGUGGACCCCCACUGGGGUAAUAUCGCUGACUGGCAGGCGGCCAUUGCCGAGAUUCAUGCUCGUGGGAUGUACUUCAUGAUGGAUUUUACGGUCGGAACCAUGGCUGACAUGGUUGGAUUCGACGGAUUUCUGAAUACGUCUGCUCCGUUCGAUCUCCACGAAUAUAACGGAGUCUGGAAGAAACCGAAUUAUGCCCCCUGGGAUUUCGAGGAAUAUAAGGAUUUCGAGAUCAAUAACACCUGGAAUAGCAGCUGCCAACUUCCUACUCUUUGGCUAGACGAUGGUACUUUAGAGAAUACUGGCUGGGGCGGCGGCUGUAUGGAGUCUGACAUCGAUCAGUACGGUGACAUGGAGGCCUUUGGUGUUCACCCCGAUUGGCAGCGUCAGCUGUCCAAGUUCGCGUCUGUGCAAGAUCGUCUCCGUGAAUGGCGCCCAUCGGUGAUGGACAAGCUGAAGAACUUCGCUUGCAUGGCCAUUACCGCCUUUGACAUUGACGCUAUCCGUAUCGACAAGUCCACCCAGAUUACCGUCGCUGCUCUCGCGGAAUGGGCGUCCAGUACGCGCGCGUGUGCAACGGCACUCGGUAAGAAGAACUUCUUCAUCACUGGUGAGGUUACGGGUGGCGAUACUUUCGGUGCCCUCUACUACGGACGCGGACGCACUCCCACGCAACUACCGCCUGGAUUCUUGGAAGCGGCGAAUUUGACGUCCAGCGAGAACCAGUACUUCCUCCGUGAUGCUCCUCUGAAUGGAUUAGACGGUGUUGCUUUCCACUAUUCCAUCUACCGAUCGCUCACUCGAUUCCUCGGGAUGGAUGGUAACCUGGAAGUUGCAUACGAUAUCGACGUCAACUUCAUCACCGCGUGGAACCAGAUGUUCGUAACCAACGACUUCCUUAACCCCAACACCGGCGAGCUCGACCCGAAGCACAUGUUUGGAACGAGCAACUUCGAUGUCUUCCGUUGGCCUUCCUUGGAGAAUGGUACGCAACGGAGCGUCCUGGGCACGUUCAUCACGUCGCUGGUCAUGCCUGGUAUAUCUCUAUUGUAUUACGGCGAGGAGCAGGAUUUCUAUAUGUUCGACACUACUGCUUCCAACUAUCUCUACGGUCGUCAGACUAUGAUCAGCAACAAGGCGUGGCAGCGUCAUGGGUGCUACACUCUCGGCUCGACUCAAUAUUUCAACAUGCCGCUCGGCAAGUCGCUUAUUGGAUGCCAGGAUGAUUGGAACUCCCUUGACCACUUCGAUCCGACCACCGACUCUCGCCGACUCUUUUCCCGCUUCAAUCAGCUUCGGUCUACCUACGGUGCUCUGCAGGACGGUUUCAACCUUGUGCAGCGUGGUAACUGGACGUACUACAUUGACCGACCUGGUUCGAAUGGCACCCCCACCGAGAUGGGUCUUUGGUCGGUUUCGCGUUCCGAGAUCGCCAACGUGCAGAAUCUCACGGGCAAUUUCACCGACCAAGUCUGGCUCUUGUACAGUAACGAGAAUCAGACGAGGACCUGGGAGUACAACUGCUCCUCUGAUCUCUGGAUAUCCUCCCCUUACCAAGCAGGUACCGUCGUUAAAAACCUUGUCGCGCCCUAUGAGACGUAUACUCUGGCGGAGUCACUGUCUUCGUACUUCAACAACGGCCUUGCGCCGUACUUCGGUUGCAUGUCCUCGUUCACAACCCAGCCGUUCGGCUUCCUUGCUCUGGUUCCUCAGGACGAGUGGGUCGGCCCCAAUCCUGCUUUGACCGGAUUCCUUCCUGGACACGACGCGCGGAUAAAUGUCGAGGCUGGCGAUGCGAAUGCGACUACCGUGGAUAUCACGCUCGAGUUCAAUAUGGCAAUGGACUGCAACAGCGUCACUCAGUCGCUGUCUUUCAACAUGUCUUCGUCUGGAAACGGCUCGACACCUACCAUCAACCAGAAUAGUAUCAGUUGCCAGACGAUCCAGAACCCUGUCUACUCGCUCAUCAAUGGUGUCGAUGCUUCUGUGUGGUCUUGGUCUGCGACGCUUCAGAAUGUCCCCGAUGGUAUCUUGGAGAUCCUCGUCAACAACCCGAGCGCUCAAAGCGGAAACUCGAGUACAGGAGCUAAAGAUCGUCUUCUGGUUCGCAAGGGGUCGUCGAGCAACGUCAUGGUCUUCCCUGAAUCUGACUACGAUAAUGCUGCCUUGAGUUCCAGCAACGGACAGUACACGUUUACUCACAACGCGCUUGGUGCGGAUAUGCUCCGCUACUCAACCAACUUCGGCCAGAAUUGGACUGCGUGGCGCGACUGGGAAGACACAACUACGAUCGAUGCAAGCGAGUUCGACGGUAAUUUCUGGGAUGGCCAGCAUGUCAUGGUGCAGUAUUGGAGCGCACUUGCUACGUCAGCCACUAUCGUCGUUCACGCAGACCACGAUUAUUCCAAGCCUCGUCGUGUUCCUCAAUUCCUGGCCCGUGGUCCGUUCAACUCGUGGGGUUUCGACCAGGGUAUCCCUGCGCAGAUGGACCAGAACGACAAUGGUCACUGGGAGCUUGAAAUCAUGGCAACUUGGCCGACGUACGUGCAGCUGAACGUCUGGGGAUACGACGACUACUACUAUGGCGAUGUCGAUGACGACGGUAUCCUCGACCGUCUGCCGCCCAACACUGCCGCCCCGAACUACCUGAACAUGUCUGCUCCGCCGCAUCCUCACCUGGCAUGGGCUCUUAUUGUUGACGACGCAACCAUGACCUGGACUCUCGCACCUCGCGGCCAAUCUGCAGUCGGGGCCAUCAUGUAUGCGCUCCUGCUCUCCAUUCCUCUCAUUACCGGCACUCUCGCUGUCGUGGUCUUCAUGUGGUCGUUCUACGGCAUCAAGUACAAUAAGUGGGGUGUCAAGCCGACGAAGGAGCACAACUACUUCCCUAUCCUUAGCGCCCUUGGUCACAAGUCAAGCGCGAAUCUGAGCAAGGAGCACAUGAGCGAAAAGUUCUUCGGCGGACACCACAAGCAGACAGAGGUCAUUGGCUGGCCAGAGGACAAGAACAAGCGGCGCAAGGUCCUCAUCGCCACCCUCGAGUACGAGAUCAUCGAUUGGAAGCUCAAGGUCAAGAUCGGUGGUUUGGGCGUCAUGUCGAGUUUGAUGGGCAAGGCCAUGACGGACGUCGAUCUAGUCUGGGUCGUCCCCAAGGUCAAGGACUUGGAGUACCCGCCCGGUGAACCUGCGGAACCCAUCGAAGUCAUCAUCUUCGGAGAGCCCUACCUCAUUGAGGUUGAAACGCAUGUCUUGGACAACAUCACCUACGUCAUCUUGGACAGUCCCGUCUUCCGUGCGCAGACGAAAGCUGACCCGUACCCGGCUCGCAUGGAUGACCUCAGCUCUGCCAUCUUCUACUCGACUUGGAACCAAGCUAUUGCUGCGACUAUCAAGCGCCACCCGCUCAUUGAUAUCUAUCACGUCAACGACUAUCACGGUGCACUUGCUCCCAUCUACCUGCUGCCAAAGGUUCUCCCGGUGUGCUUGUCCCUGCACAACGCCGAGUUCCAAGGUCUGUGGCCACUUCGUACCAAGGAGGAGAUGAAGGAGGUUUGUUCGGCGUUCAACAUUAGCAAGGAACACUGCACGAAGUAUGUGCAAUUCGGCAAUACCUUCAACUUGCUCCAUGCCGCGGCGUCCUUCAUCUCGGUGCACCAGAAGUCUAUCGGUGUCGCUGGUGUGUCUGACAAGUACGGUAAACGUUCGUGGGCUCGCUACCCCGCGCUCUGGACACUCAAGCAUAUCGACUCGUUGCCUAACCCCGACCCCACGGAUAUCGCCGCCCUCGAUGAAAAUCCGAUUGCGUUACGUGAUAUCAAGAUUGACGAAGCGGCGGAAGCAGAGCGUCCCGAACACAAGCGUCAGGCGCAAGAGUGGGCUGGUAUCAAGCAGGAUCCGAAUGCCGAUCUCUUCGUGUUCGUUGGUCGCUGGUCCAAGCAGAAGGGUGUCGAUGUCAUUGCUGACGUUAUGCCAUCCUUGCUCGAGAAACGUCCAUCCAUCCAGCUCAUCACUGUUGGACCCGUUAUCGAUCUCUACGGUCGCUUCGCGGCUGAAAAGCUCAAUCGUCUCAUGGAAAUGUAUCCGGAUCGUGUUCACUCCAAGCCUGAGUUCACUGCGUUGCCUCCCUACCUGUUCAGUGGCGCCGACUUCGCCCUCAUCCCGUCUCGUGAUGAGCCGUUCGGUCUCGUUGCUGUCGAGUUCGGCCGUAAGGGUGCCCUUGGUGUCGGUUCUCGUCUCGGCGGUCUCGGAUUGAUGCCCGGUUGGUGGUUCCCCGUCGAGUCGACGUCGACGGAGCACAUGAUGUCGCAAUUGACAAAGACAGUCAAGAUGGCCUUGAAGUCUACCGAGGAGGAACGUGCUAUGCUCCGUGCUCGUUCUGCUGUGCAGCGUUUCCCUGUCGUCGAAUGGCGCCAACGCAUGGAAGACUUUCACCGUCGCAGUAUCGGCAUGUCUCGUGGUGCCGCCGGCCCUAACGCAUUCCGCACUUCCGAUUGUGACGGUGGCAUAGGGCACGCUAUUGCCGAACAUGAUGACUGGAACCCCGAAUAUCAGACCCACCCGUCGCAGCCCAACUGGGAUGCUGCUAGCGUCAACGAGAGCCCACGUACGCCCGGACCCCCUGGGUCGCCUGGGUCGCCCGGUCAGUGGAGUCAAGACACGCUCACUCCCGGUCAAAAUGGCCUUCACGCACCUCCGCGCCUCCUGCCCGACGGUCGUCGUGGUUCUGUCAGUACGGAUGUCUCCGACAACGAAGGCGACUACUUCAGUCAGAACAGGGAAAGCACGGACAACAGGCAAGAGUUUGGCAACUUCCUAGACAGGGCAAACCGGACUAUUGCGCGCGACAACAAGCAUGCUCCCGACCCCUUCGUUGACGCUGCCCCCAGCCGGCCGUUCGGAGCCCACUCGAGGGUGUCGUCGGUGGAGUCUAUCGCAUCGAUCGUUACGGAGAAAGCGGACUCGCCACUCAACAAGGCUAUGGCAGCGUUCACGGAUGCGGACGGCGGCGUCACUGCUGAAUUCGCGGCAAAGCUACAGUCUCUCAACCCGCACAACUCCAAGCACGAGCUCUCGAUUGAGAAAUUCCUCACCAAGAGCGAAGAGGCGUUCUUCGACAAGGUCAAGAAGGACAAGCUGUCCAGUGCUGCCAGUAUCCGUUCUUCACAGCGAGACUCCGUCUGGGGCACUCCUGCUCCUUCAUCGUUCGAUCACUCGCGUCCUUCCUCGCCAAGUCAGUCGGGCUUCACUGGGGCAGACGGAUACAGCGGCGCUCUACCGGAACAGCAAGACAUUGUCAUAAUGACCGGUCUUCAGAUCGCCAUGUCGAGGGAGCUUGGAGGAUGGCCCAUCUACACCCUGAUCAUCGCUGCGGGACAAAUGCUGAGCGCGACGAGUUUCCAGAUCACGCUACUCUCCGGCCAAAAUUGGCAGACUGAUAUCCAGCUCUACGUCCUCGGUGGUGUCUUCCUUGCUGCCUCGGCCGUCUGGUACAUCCUCUUCCGCUACAAGCCGUCGGUGUACGUUCUCUCGGCACCAUGGCUAUUCUUCGGCAUCGCCUUCUUCCUCAUCGGAUUGCCCUCGGUCACGCCCAAACUGCAUGGAGCCCACGACAUUCUCACGAGCAUCGCGACCUGGUUUUACGCCGUCGCAUCUUCUGCCGCAUUUAUCUUCUUCGGUCUCAACUUCGGUGAAGAAGCUGGUGCUGCUACAGAGGUGUGGACUAUGCGUGCUUGCAUCGUUCAAGGAUCUCAACAGAUUUGGGUGGCGGCGUUGUGGUACUGGGGUAACCAUCUCAAUGGUGCACAAGCCAAUGCAAUGGCGCCGUGGUGGAUCGUUCUCAUCGUCUGGCCAUUGGCCCUCCUCAGUGUUCUCUUCGCGUACCUCAUGCUCUACGGUCUCCCCGACUACUACCGUCAGACGCCGCCAAAAGUGCCCAACUUCUUGAGGACGCUGUUCCGCCGAAAGCUUGUCCUGUGGUUCUUGGGGUCAGAAAUCCUUCGUGACUACUGGCUCAGUGGUCCGUACGGCCGUAACUGGAGCUUCUUGUGGUCGGUCCCUAUUCCCAAGUGGCAGAUCCUCCUCCUUGUGAUCGCCUUCUUCGUCGUUGUUUGGGCCGUCAUGAUGGGCAUCCUCACGUAUUUCUCCAUGACGCACACCUGGCUGCUACCCGUUUUCGCUGUCGGCCUUGGUGCGCCAAGGUGGUGUCAGAUGCUAUGGGGUACUUCCUCGCUUGCUCUGUACAUCCCGUGGGCCGGUCACGCGGGUCCCUACCUGGGUAUCUCGUUGUGGUUGUGGCUUGGUGUCCUCGAUGCCAUCCAAGGUGUCGGACUUGGUCUCAUUCUCUUACAGACACUAUCUCGUCUGCAUGUGUGCGCCACCUUGGCAUUCGCGCAGAUCAUCGGUUCGAUCUGUGUCAUGGUUGCCCGUGCGACAGCACCAAACAAGGUCGGGCCAGAAAGUGUCUUCCCGGACGCUGCGAAAUGGGACUUCCAGGACGGUCUCAAGGGCUCGCCGAUGGCGUCCGCACCGUUCUGGAUAGCUAUGAUAUGCCAGAUAGUCAUCGUCAUUGGCUACUUCUGGUUCUACCGCAAGGAACAGCUUGCGCGACCAUGAUCACGACUCAAAUGUGCGAUAUUUGCACUGUUGAAUUCAUAUCGGACUAUACAAUAUCUUUUUGGGCACUCUUUAUCCAUAUCCGGGGACUGUGAUUAGUACUAAGGACACUUGUAUACUUGAUUGUCGCAUUCUGCACCGCCACACUCGCUUCAGCUUUCGUAGUAUCUUAGACUGUCAUGUGCCGUAGUAGUCAAAUAUAGUGAAUGGGCAGCUGUGCUCUCGUUCG